CCCGCAGAAGGCAAGGCGACCUCUCUGCAGUCCAGAGACCAUCGUGACUUGUUGGAUGUCAUCGACAAGCUACGGUCACAGGGCCUCAGCCAGUAUGUCGAUUUACCGCAGAUCAUCGUCUGUGGUGACCAGUCAUCAGGCAAGAGCUCUGCUCUCGAGGCAAUUUCUGGCAUGUCUUUCCCCGCGAAGGACAACCUCUGCACUCGCUACGCUGGCACCCUCGAUGGGCUCGAUCUGGGCAAGAUCGUGGACGAAGCCAAGGACGUGAUGGGCCUCGGCGGAAGCACCAAGGCCUUCAGCACCGACGUCCUCCGCGUCGAGGUCCGGGGUCCUUCGCAGCCCCAUCUCACGAUGGUCGACCUCCCGGGCCUGUUCCUGGCCGGCAACAAGGAUCAGUCGGACGAAGAUGCAGCCCUCGUGGAGGCGCUGGUGCUGUCGUACAUGAAGAACCCGCGCACCAUCAUCCUCGCGGUCGUCUCAGCCAAAAGCGACUUCGCGCUGCAACAGAUCACUCGCCACGCCAGGGAGCAGGACCCUAAUGGGACCCGCACCCUGGGCCUCAUCACGAAGCCCGACACGCUUGAUGAGGGCUCCGACAGCGAACGGUUUUACAUCGAGCUCGCCCAGAACAAAGACACGCUGAAGCCCACUCAGCUGGGCGUUGCUGCUCUCAGGGUGCGCCUGAGCCUCGUCCUGCGCGACCAGAUUCUUAACCAACUCCCCAGUGUCCUCGACGAUGUCACCGAGGGGAUGAACGAAUGCAAGAGCACUCUUGCCAAGCUGGGGACGGCGAGGGCAACGGUCGCCGAGCAGCGCCGCUAUCUCCUCAAGAUCGGCACAGCGUUCUCCGACUUGACCAGAGCGGCCAUCGACGGCAUUUACACCGAUACCUUCUUCAGCGGCCCAAAGGACAGACGUCUUCGGGCAGUUGUGCAGAACACCCUGGCCAAUUUCGCCGCCGAGAUGCACCAAAAAGGCCACGCACGAACCAUUGUCGACACCGUCUCGGAUGAACAACUCUGGGCCUCAAGCGGAAAAAAGCGCGGUAAAAACGACAAGCCAGCGGUCAUCACCCGCGACAGCUACAUCGAGGAAGUGCGGAAACUCCUGCUCGACAGCCGCGGCCGAGAGCUCCCCGGAACAUACAACCCGCUCAUCGUCGCCGAGCUUUUUCGGAACCAGUGCAAGCCCUGGAAGGGCAUGGUGGAGGACCUCCUCGACCGCGUAUUCGCCUCGGCUGUCGCGACGACCGAGUCGAUCCUCCGGCACGUGGCUGAUGCUGCGACUGCUGAGGCUGUCCUGGCGCAGGUGGUGAGCCCGGCACUGGAGAACAUCAAGAGCGAGUUGAACGCCAAGGCCGCAGAGAUCCUAGAACCUCACAUCUCCGGGCAUCCUAUCACCUACAACCAUUACCUGACGGAAAACGUGCAGAAGGCGCAGGCAGAGCGACAGCGCAAACGCGUGGAGCGAACAAUGAAGGAGAUCCUCGAGGUGGGGGAUUUGAGGUCGUGGCGUCCAGAAUAUCAUUCCAUCGACAUGUCCGUGCUGCUCAACGCCCUGAGCGAGGAGAUGGAGCCCGACAUGGACACAUACUCGUGCUCCAUGGCCACGGACAUGAUGGAAGCGUAUUACAAGGUCUGAGAUCCCCCAACGCAGCUGCUAAACAAACUACAUUCUGCACGAUGCACGCUUACCCAGCCUCUUCUUCCCCGUCAGGUCUCUCUGAAGACCCUCAUCGACUCCAUCAGCACCCUCGCCGUCGAGCGCUGCCUCGUCCAGCAGCUGCCUGGAAUCCUCUCUCCCGAAGUCGUCUGCGACCUGGCCGACGACGAGGUGCAGCGCAUUGCGGACGAGAGCGCCGAGUCGGCGGCCGAGCGCGCGCAGGCUACCACGAAGUUGGAAGUGCUGGAGAAUGCCAUGGCGGAGCUGAAGAGGCUCCGGAUGCAAGGCGGUCACUCGGUCUAAUGAAACACACG